GGGAAGAGGACCGAGGCACGGGGGGGCGUUAGAAAGCAGGACUGAGUUAGCAACACAGAGGAACAACAACACAACAUCAAAAUGAGUUUCAACACAGUGAGGUUGGUUCUGGUUGUUCUUGGUGUCUUUGGAUGGUCUGUGACAUUUUCCUCUGCCACACAAGUGGGUCUGACUGACAAAGUCCUGGUCUUCCCUUAUGAGACUGACUUCAGCUACGUAGCUCUGAUCCCUCAGAAGGAGAUGGCUCUGAGGGCCUUCACCCUCUGCAUGCGCGUGGCCACCGAGCUCCCUGAGGAACGCCAGAUCAUCUUGUUCGCCUACCGCACGGCCGACUACGACGAGCUCAACGUGUGGCGUGAGAAGGACGGCCGCGUCUCCUUCUACAUGAGUGGUGACGGCACCUUCUACCACCUGCCGCCCCUCACCACUUUCCGCACCAGCCUCUGCCUCACCUGGGAGUCCCGCACCGGUCUCGCUGCCUUCUGGGUAGAUGGUAAACGCAGCACCUACCAGGUGUACAAACCAGGGCACAGCAUCCGCCCAAAGGGCACCGUCCUCCUGGGGCAGGACCCGGACAAACACCUGGGGGGCUUGGAGGCCGUGCAGAGCUUCGUAGGCGAGGUGACGGAUCUGAACAUGUGGGACUACGUACUCUCCAGGAGUAUGAUCCAGGCCUGGCACUAUGGCCACAAGGUCCCCAAGGGCAACAUCUUUGACUGGGGCACCAUGGAGUACCAGCUGAGUGGGAACGUGAUGGUGGUGGACGAUGACUGACUGGAGGAGGAGGAGUCGAAUGGAAAGACAGACCAGGAUUUAGAGCUCUGUGUUGGACUGAUACUCAUCUGUGUGAUGGUCCUUCUUAGAUUCUGUGUUUUAUAUUAGGAGCCUUCAACAGAGUGACCAUAGAGGCAACAAGGCAAGUCUAAUUAGACAGAACCAUUCAUAGACAGAGCAACUCAAAGUGCUUCACAGGGCUACAACACAACACUAAAGACAUUUUAGGAAUGCAACCCCAAUUCCAAAAAAGUUUGGACACUGUGUAAAAUAUAAAAACAUAAUGUAAUGAUUUUCAAAUCUCAUAAACUCAAAUU